AAGAAAUCAAAAAAGAAAAUGACUCGGAAGACGAAGAUCACUUAUAUGAGAAGAGACAAAUGCUGAGGCAACAAAUUUUGGACAAAAAACACGAACCUGAACCGGAAUCUGAGGAGGAAGACGAAUUUGUCUCAGAAUACGAGGAAUAUGAAGAAAUUGUAGAAGAGGAGGUGAAACCUUUGCCCAAACCGGUGUUUGUGAGCAAGAAGGACCGCAUAACGUUGAAGGAGUUGGAAGAGAAAGAAGAAUUGGAGAAAAGAUUGGAAAUUGAGGCCAUUAAAAUAAGAGAAGAACAAAGACAGCAUUCAUUAAGAGUAAAUUAA